AUGGCCACCACAAAAUCAACCAAGGGCAAGGCUGCUGCUGGCAAGAACGCAGCCAAAGAAUCCAAAGCCAAAGCCGCCAAAAAAGCCGCGCUGCAAGGUGCGCACGGGCACGCCUCGCGCAAGACGCGCUACUCCGUCUCUUUCCACCGGCCCAAGACCCUGCGCCUCGCGCGCGAUCCCAAGUACCCGCGCCGCUCGAUCCCGCACGCGCCGAGGAUGGACCAGUUUCGGACUAUCGUCUCGCCUUUGAACACGGAAUCGGCGAUGAAGAAGAUCGAGGAGCAUAAUACGCUCGUGUUCAUUGUCGACCUCAAGUCGAACAAGCGCCAGAUCAAGGAUGCGGUCAAGAAGCUGUACGACGUCCAGGCGGCCAAGAUCAAUACGCUGAUUCGACCGGACGGCAAGAAGAAGGCGUAUGUGCGGCUGACGGCGGACCACGAUGCGCUGGAUGUGGCUAACAAGAUUGGGUUCAUCUAA